AUGGGACUCACCGGCUGGGAGAUCACCAUGGUGGUCCAGAUCGUCCUCACCGGACUGAUCCUCAUCCCGGCCACCUGGUUCUUCGCCCGCCUCCUCCGCAAGCCGGGCGCCAAGCAUGACCAUACUCGCCGAUGGGUGGACUUUACCAAAGUUUCCUUUGGAUUUUGGAUCGCAUCUUACGUCGUCGGCAUCAUAGCCUACAUCCUCAACGUUAUUGCAAACGUCCGCCGGCAAUGGGGAUACCCUCGAGAAUACGAAGCCAUGAGCUACAUGUAUCCCUUCAGCACACUCUUCUAUGUGAUGGCUCAAGUCGCCCUCUUCCUCGCCCUGUUCAACCUCUGCCAUGCCCUGACCCAGCUCCGCACCGGCGCCGUGACGGACGAGUCAAAGGCCCAUCGGGGCGGCCGAAAAGCCGCCCUCGGCGUGUCCGUCCUCAUCACUCUCCUGGGCGUCGUCAUCUUCGGCCUCUACAUGGCUUACAACGUCAUGCUGAACAGCAGGAGGUUCGACGGCAGGUUUACCUAUGAGGACUUUAUGAAGAUUAACAAGAUGAUGCAAGCCGCGGCCUAUAUCAACAUGGCCAACACCGGCAUCUUGGUCAUCGCCGCCUUCUGCAUCAUCGUCUACGCCAGCAAGGCCCGGAAGGAAGCUAAGGACAGCCCCGUGAGCAAGGCUGCUUCUAUCCUGCGCAUCUGCUCAAUCUUCUGGCUCACGACUAGACUCUGGGCCUUGGUGGAGGUUAUUGUAUGGUACUUUGGGGCUUUCGGCGACGCUACCAUGUACACCGGCAUCUUCGACUUUGUCCUCUCCGUCUUGCCCACGUUCCUUAUCCUGGCGAUGCUCUACAACUUGGCUUCCAAGGAAGCGUACGGCUUGUCGAGGAUUCACUACCGGGACACCGAGGUGGUCGCGUAA